GAUCCAAUUAGCAGGGACUACAUACUACAUUAUACUAUUAGAAUAAAUUCUCCUUAAUUCUUUUGCUAAUAUGCGGCUUAAAUCAUACUAUCUUUUGGCUUCAAGGGUAUACCAACAGAUACUCCAAUGAAUGAACCUACGAAGAGUGGGAGAGCGAGCGCACUAGAUAAAGAUUUCGAGAGAAAGCUCCGCUAAAGCUGGCGGCCCGCAACAGGUGAGCGCUCAGUUCUGCUCUUGUGGCCAGAGCUUGCAGUACGCCGAACGGGAGUGGGGAACGCUUGAGAACGGAACACGUCAGAGACCCACCGCCAACACCAGCCUGAGCGCGCCUUUAAGCCAAGCCAAGCUGAGCCGAGCCGAGCCGAGCUUUUGGCUCUGAAUAAUUUGUGUGCGAGUGUUUUUUGUUGCUGGGUGUGCCGCAGCAGUGCGACGUGAACGGGCGAGCGGCCAACACGUAAGCGGCGCGUUGUGCAGUCUGAACGAAAGUGUGAGAGAAACAGACGACAAUAAGCAGCAGUAGCAGCAGCAACUCAGGUGUGAAUUGAUAUUGAGGUUAUGUAAGCGUCAGGCCAUAAAAACGCGAAAACAAAACGCUGCUGCAUUUGCCAGGCCAAGCCAGGCCACACGUUUGUCACUAAUUCAAGACACGCGCUUUGCCCCGAUCCAGCUCCGCACCCCUCUACCUCCAGCCGGAGAGAUUCGCAUUCCAAAUGGACGACUCCAAGGCGCAGGCGCAGCUGCAGCAGCAGCAAAACCAUCCUUUGCAAGAUGUGUCCCUAAACGAGAAUGAUGACGACAAACAGACGCCCAAAAAUUGGGUUAAAUUCGAUGAUGAGGCAGAGGGCAGUGAAAAAAAUAAUAACAGUAACGACAGCGAUGCCACACAACAACAAGAACAGCAGCAGCAGCAGCAGCAGCCGCCGCAGCCGCAGCAGCGGCAAAACAAGUUAGCUCUGCCGCCGCCGCCGUCGGUUGUGAGCAGCAACAACAACAGGCGGGCGCGCUCGCGCAGUCCGAAUGAGCAAUCGACAACAACAACAACAGCACCUGUCCAGCGCCCAGCCGUUUCCUCGACAACAGCUGCGGCUCCAGCCCCAGUCUCGGCAGCAGCCUCGUCGCCGGAUGUGGCGCCCGCUGUUCUGACAACUGAGAGUACGCACGUUAAUCUGAAUGCAUCCGGCAGUGGCAUUGUCAGCGGCAACGCUGCCAGCGGAGCGAGAGCCUCCAGCCCGGCCCGACACCCCCAGCAGCUAAUAAACCAAAAAGCAACGGUAGCCUCAACAUCCUCCGUCCAGGCGGCAGCCUCCUCCUCCGGCCUCCACAACGGCAAUGGGGCCCAUGGCAUCAGCGGCAGCAGCGGCAGCAGCAGACCCAUGGAUCAGGGCUCCGGCAUGCGCACAAUUGAACUGUCAACGGGUCGAAUCCGUGAGGGAUUUGCGAAUGGCGAUGUGAUUGUCACCCUGCUGCCGGCCAACACCAAAUGGCCUUGGAUUACGCCCGCAAUAUUUCGCCCGGAGCUGGUGCCGGAGGAGCUGAUGGCCCAGGGUCUGACGCUCACCGUGGAGGACUAUGUGAAUGCGAUGGAGACGCUGGUGAAUGAUUACCGCUUCACCGUGUACAACAUUUGCUACAAGCGCAUCCUCGUCUGCUGGAUCCUGUUCGCCUUCACCGUGCUGCUGGCACUGCUGUUCUCGGGCCUGCAGGGCGUUGCCCUGUUCGCGCUGGGCGUCGGCUGGCUCUUCUUGAAUGCGGCGGCCAUAUUCCUGUGCAUGUGGGUGAAACUGCGCCUGUCGCGCGGCCUGGAGAAGUGUCUGGCCCGGGUGAACAAGCAGCUGAUGCGGCACAAGAUACUCCUCGUGCUGGACGACCGAGGCCGCAUCUCCUGCCACAAGGUCAACCUCUGCUUCAUGUACUUCGAUGCCACGCAGUGCGUGAGCUUCCUCAACGAGUUCCUGGAGCAUACGGAGCAGAACGGCGGCGAGGCCAUCAAGGCCGGUUGGGAGGCCAAGCUGGACAUUGAUCUGAACGAUAUUGUCAUCCAGGGCAGUCAGCCAGUGAGGAUGCCGCGCAAGCAGGAGCGCGGCCUGCAGCUGUUCCUGCGCUACGGCUCCCGCUGGGGCAUGGAGGCGUUGAGGGGCCUGGUGGACGUCACGCCCCUGGAGCCGGGCCGCCACUGCGGCCAGUUUCAGUGCCCCUGCCAGUACAUCAAAGAGCAUUUGCAGUGCAAACCGCGAGGCAAGUUCAAGUGUUGCAAUUUCGUCCAUUGGGUGUUGGCAUCUGAGCGCUACGAUAGUUAAAGUCUUUUGUAUUAGUGAAUGUUUGUUUGCUGUCUGUCCAUUGCUGUACAUUUAUCUGCCAUUGUGCCGUAACUAAAGAAUUUAUCGUGUGCUACGUUUGCUACGCGAGGCCAUGCUAGAGGCUUUGUCUAAACCCGUGAAUUUAUUUUUGUUUUUAAUCGGUCAUGUUAUUAUUUUUGGAAUGAACACAUAUACAUACAUGUACAUAUAUAUUUCUAAAGGUUAAGAUCAGAAAAUACCAACAAGCUACCAAAACAUACAUGCCCCUGCAUCUGUAUGCCAGUGAAUGAGGCUAAAAAUAAUUUCAAUAUAUAAAUAAAUUCUCUCUCGUUUCAGAUGUUAGCCCAUAAGGCUUCGUUAAUGUUUUUGUAGUUUUUGGUAUAUGUUUUGACGCAAUCUUAAUACCACUUAAUCCCUCCCUAACUCCCACCUAAAACCCAACUUUAUAUGUGUACAAAAUUAACUCGAAUGUUUUCUAAAUUUGUUGUUUAAACAUGUUUCUUUGAUGCCUGCCAAUUUGACACGAAACAGUCGCCAUUAACAGCAUUGGUCAAGUAGUUUGGACACGAUUCCCCCUGUUUGGUGGCUAAAUGUUGAGCGGGUGUUUUGGCCCAGAUACCACAAAUACCUUGACCAUGACCCACAACACACACACCCACACACAAACAGUCUCGAUUAUGAACAAAAACUAAGCCGUUUCGAUAUUAUUAUUUCAACAAAAUUAUAUCUAAUGUUUACUGAAUGCAAAACGAAUGAAUUUC